GCUGGUCUCACAAACUACGUAACAGAGCAGAAGUAGGAGAGUGUGCUACCUAGCAUCACAGACAUGCAUGGUCUGUUAUAGUUAUAUUGUUGUCCAUUUUUGUAGCUUGUUGAGCCAGUUGGUUUUUAAACGACUGUUAACUUUGGGGAGGAAACCCUUUCUUAAAUUUUCUUCACUAUUCUAAGUGUGCACAUAGAAGUAAAGCCCUGUGGACUCUGUCGCGAGCGGGAAAAGUAAGAAGAAACAAGCAUGGCAGUGGACAUGAGAUUACCGACUGUUAAAAAAACAAUGACUUUGUCGGCUCCCGCUGUAUACCGGAAAGAUUUGGUAGUUCCCGGCGAUGUUAUCACCUCAGACACAGGUUUCAUGAGGGGUCAUGGAACAUAUGUCGACGAUGAUAAACUAACGGCUUCAGUUGCAGGAAAGGUGCAAAGAGUUGACAAACUAAUCUGCGUCAGACCUCUAAAGACCAGAUUUAACGGUGAGGUUGGAGAUGUGGUUGUUGGCAGGAUCACGGAGGUUCAACAGAAGCGGUGGAAGGUGGAUACCAACUCCAGACUAGAUUCGGUCCUCUUAUUGUCAUCUGUCAAUCUGCCUGGAGGAGAACUGAGACGAAGAUCUGCAGAAGACGAGCUCACCAUGAGAAAAUACAUCCAGGAAGGCGAUCUAAUCAGUGCAGAAGUGCAGUCUGUUUUUUCAGAUGGAGCACUCUCACUUCACACUCGUAGUUUAAAAUAUGGAAAAUUGGGUCAAGGAGUGCUGGUCCAGAUUUCUCCUUCUCUGAUCAAGAGGCAGAAAACACAUUUCCACAAUCUUCCAUGUGGUGCAUCUAUAAUCCUUGGUAAUAAUGGCUUUGUGUGGUUGUAUCCCACGCUGGGACAACAGGAUGAGGAAGCUGGGGGCUUCUACACCAGUUUGGAGCCAGUAAGCUUGCCAGAUCGAGAGGUGAUUUCACGUUUGAGAAAUUGUCUUCUGGCCUUGGCCGCACAAAAAGUGCUUUUGUAUGACACAAGUGUUCUCUACUGCUACGAAUCAUCACUCCAGCACCAGGUCAAGGACAUCCUGAAACCAGAAGUGAUGGAGGAGAUUGUCAUGUUGACACAGCAGAAGCUGUUAGCACAGGAAGGUUAAAGAGCUCAAGCAUCUAUGCAACUAGAACACAUACCUAAAGACCAACCUGGCUAUGUUUCCCCUACAUGUUCUAUUUGUGAUAAUAAGGUGCCCAGAUCUUUGUUUUUGUUUUUUUUCUAGAUGAAUUUAAGGGUCAUUAUGUAAUUUCCCUUAAACCCUGCAUCUAAAAAGACAUUUGAAGUUAUUGUAAUACUUUCCAUAUGUAUCUAUUAAAAAACUUUCACACAUUUAAAAUAAAUGUUUUAAUAUUUCUA